GAGGCGGGGGCGCGCGUGCGCGCCCCGGAGACGCGAACUGUCGUUGCGGAGCUUGCGGGCGGCUGCCCGGCACCUCGGAGCGCUGACGGAGGAGCCCACGGCGCAGCCGACAUGGAGGCCGAGCCCGAGCCCGAGCCCGUCACGCUGCUGGUGAAGAGCCCCAACCAGCGCCACCGAGACCUGGAGCUGAGCGGCGACCGCGGCUGGAGCGUCGGCCGCCUCAAGGCGCACCUGAGCCUGGUCUACCCCGAGCGCCCGCGCCCAGAGGACCAGAGGUUAAUUUACUCGGGGAAGCUGCUGCUGGAUAACCAGUAUCUCAGGGACUUGCUUCCAAAGCAGGAAACCCGGCAUGUUCUGCACUUGGUGUGCAAUGUGAAAAGUCCGUCCAGAAUGCCAGAAACCAGCGCAAAGGUUGCUGAAUCCACAGAGCAGCCCGCUGGCCCCACUCAGGGACAGUAUCCUGGGGAUUCCUCAAGCGAUGGUGUGAGGCUGAGGGAGUCUCUUCGGAACCUUUCUCCCUCUGGCUGGGAGAACAUCUCGAGGCCGGAAGCUGCCCAGCCGGCGUUCCAAGGCCUGGGGCCUGGCUUCUCGGGCUACACGACCUAUGGGUGGCUGCAGCUGUCCUGGUUCCAGCAGAUCUACGCGCGGCAGUACUACAUGCAGUAUUUAGCGGCCACUGCCGCAUCGGGGACUUUUGUUCCCUCACCAAGUGCCCAAGAGAUACCCGUGGUCUCCGCACCUGCUCCAGCCCCUAUUCACAACCAGUUUCCAGCCGAAAACCAGCCAGCCAAUCAGAAUGCUGCUCCUCAAGUGGUGGUUAAUCCUGGGGCCAAUCAAAACCUACGGAUGAAUGCGCAAGGUGGCCCUCUCGUGGAGGAAGAUGACGAGAUCAAUCGCGAUUGGUUGGACUGGACCUACUCCGCAGCAACGUUCUCCGUUUUUCUCAGCAUCCUCUACUUCUACUCCUCCCUGAGCAGAUUCCUCAUGGUCAUGGGGGCCACAGUGGUUAUGUACCUGCAUCACGUUGGGUGGUUUCCGUUUAGACAGAGGCCGGUGCAGAACUUCCCGAAUGACGGGCCUCGUCCGGAGGCUGCAAACCAGGACCCCAACAAUAACUUGCAGGAAGGCCCUGAGGCUGAAAUCGAAAACCCCAACCGCCUCCCUCCAGACAGGAACGUAGUGGAUGGCGAGCAGACCAGCCCUUCAUUCAUGAGCACAGCGUGGCUCGUCUUCAAGACUUUCUUUGCCUCUCUCCUUCCCGAAGGCCCCCCCGCCAUAGCAAACUGAGGCGGUUUGCCUUCUGGCUGCUGGUGGCCUGGGCAGGCAUGGACUGGACCAUUGAUCCAGCUAGAUUUCCUCACCUGGACACGGCGAUGGCACAGAAUUGGUAAAGAACCAACAAGGAGGGGGAGAUGCUUUUGUGAUCAAGCAAAAGCAGAAAGUAAGACGUGAAGCCAUGAUACAAAUUGAUGAACAAAAAACGCCCAAGGCUUCUCAUGUCUUUAUUCUGAAGAGCUUUACUACCUAUUGUAUGUAGUUUAUAGGCACUGUACAUAGAAGGCGUGUGUCGCAUGUUUAUGCCUGAGGACCUUUCCCAGAUACGUGUGUCUGCAUGUGUGUUUGUACAUAGAUGUCAUAGAGGCAGAAAUGGUUCUGCUGGUGCGAUUUGAUUCCUGUUGGAAUGUUUAAAUUACACUAAGUGUACUACUUUAUAUAAUCAAUGAAUUGCUAGACAUGUUUUAGCAGGACUUUUCUAGGAGAGACUUCUGUAUUAUUGCUUUUUAAAUGCAUUGCUUUCCUUCAAACCACGGGCAACUGUGCAGAGGUGGAAACCUUUGCUGGGUUUUCUGUUCAAUAAAGUUUUGCUAUGACUGAU